AUGCACAUCUUCUUAUACUGCUCGAUGGCGGACGCGGGGAAGCAACCCGCGCGCACUCCGCGCACGCGCGAGCAGGUGGUGGACGAAAUCCUCAAGCGCGUGCUGCGCAUGGCCAUAGGCUCUCCGCCGGAUCCCCCCGCCGACGCGCAAUCCCAAGGCGGAAAAGGCGCAACGAGCGGGAUCGUUUAUCUCGAGCAAUUAGCGGCGGAGCUGCUAAGCGAGAACAAGGCGAUGCUCCUUAAUUGCGACGUGCUGGAGAGAGCGCUUAUGGACCGCCUGAGCAUGGCGCCGGAGGACGCGGGGGCGGCGGGCGGGGGAGCGCAGGGCGCGGGCGGGGAGAGUCCGCUGGAGUACGCAGUGGGGAGCUAUGGGCGCGCGGUGGAGGAGGGGCGCAAGGUGGCGAAUAUGAAAGACCCGGAGAAGCUCAAGAUGGUGCUGCAGGCCCUCGAGUGCGCCAAGGACCUGCUGAUCUCCUACGCGGGCCUCUCCCUGCAACACCCGGACAUGUUCCCCUCGCCCGCGCGUCCGCGCUCGCACGGGCGCUCGUCCCCGCUCACGGACUUCAUUGCGGGGGAGCCGCCCGCGCUGCUGCUCGCUGCCGCGGGGGGCGCGGGGGGCAUGGGCGUGGGCGUGAGCGUGGGGGAGGCCCCGGGGAGCAGGCUCCCCGUGGGGUUCCUGGCGCACCUGGUGCAGCGGUUCGAAGGGGAGGAGCUGGAUGCGAUCAUGCAGCCUGUUUUCACUGACAUAUCAAGCCGGGUACUCCCAAUCUCCCUCCUAGGCCCCUUCCAGGGCCCACUCUCAGCGCUCACAUGGCUGCUGUCCUUCCCGGCAUUAGCGCGGUGCUUCGUGCAGCACCCGAGCUUCAACCCCGCCACCACGGUGGGGCGAGUGCUGGAGCGCAGCAGCCUGCUGGGGCCCUUCCUGCACAUCAGCAUCAUCCCCGACCCUGUGCUGCGCAACGGCGUGCCCGACCCCAGCCAGCAGCUGUUCUCCAAGCCGUCAGAGCGGCGCAAGGCGGAGCUGAGUUCCUCCUUCGUGGCGGUGCGGUCGGCGUCGCGGCAGCUGCUGUCGGGGCUGCAGGAGGUGCUGCGCGUGCUGCUCAAGGCCCCGCUCACGCGCGACAAAGUCCUCGAGUACCUCGCUGCUCUCAUCCGCACUAACGCCAACCGCGCUGCCCUGCAGAUUGACAGGGCGAGCAUGGCGAGUCACGGCAUGUUUCUGAACCUGGGCUCGCUGCUGCUGAAGCUGUGCGAGCCCUUCCUCGACCCCUCCUGCUCCAAGGCUGACCGCAUCGACCCUGCAUACGUGCUGCAGAGCUCAGGCCGAUUGGACUUCAGCAAGCUGACGGCUAUCCAUGCGACAUCGGACGAGGUGGCAUCGUGGGUGGACCAGCGCAAUCUAGCCCGCCAGCAGUCCUUUCUGCAGGCGCAGCGCCACAGGGAGCAGGAGGAGCUGCAGCGCAUGCAGGCGCGCGCUGCAGGGGCUGGACCAGCACAAGGGGGGUCCCCUGGAGGGGGUGCGGCGGUAGCCGGGCCGGUGCAGAGCGGUGCAGGGGCUGGCGCGGGUGCAUCUGCAGCGUCUCCAGUGAAGGACAGGGCUGCUGGUGCUGGCAGCGGCGGCGGCAGCGGCGCUGGUGGCAGUGGGGGGGGAGGCGAGCGGUUUGGGUUCAUCUGCGAGUGUUUCUUCAUGACAGCGCGUGUGCUCAACCUGGGCCUUCUGCGUGUCUUCCAGGACCUCACUCACAUUCACCAGAGAAUGGGCAGGGACGACCGGGAGGCUCUGCGGGUGUUGGAGGCAAUGAGGGGGCCAGGUGAGCCGGCGGAUCUGGAGGAGCGCAUAGCACAGCACCAGGCGCGCGUGGACCAGGUCAAGGAGUACACGCUCUGCUACGAGGCCGCCCUGCAGGACCCGGAGGUUCUACAGGAGGCAGUGCGGUUCUACCACCUGAUGGUGGUGUGGCUGGUGCGCUUUGUGGGGGGAUUCCACCUGCCGCUGCCUGCGCCCGCACCCAAGGACUGGGCGUCCAUGCCCGAGCACUUUGUGGACGACGCCAUUGAGACACUGCUGCUCGCCUCGCGCAUCCCCCAUGCCUUUGACGGCGUCAGACUCGACGAGUUUAUGAGUUUCAUAGUGAUGUUCAUGGGGUCGCCGCUCUACAUCAAGAACCCCUACCUGCGCGCCAAGAUGGUCAAAGUGCUGCAGCACUGGAUGCCCUUGCACAGUCCGACGCCCACGGUGGCAGCGUCCAUGGCGUCGCUGUUUGAGGGGCACCCCCUGGCCAUGCGGCACCUCACGCCCAACCUCAUCAAGCUCUACGUCGAUGUCGAGUUCACCGGCAGCCACAACGCGUUCUACGAGAAGUUCAACACGCGGUUUGAGAUCGCCGACCUGCUGGAGUACCUGUGGGACGUGCCCAGCCACCGCGCUGCUUGGAUCCAUAUGUCAGUGGAGGAGUGCAGUGGCUUCUACCUGCGGUACGUGAGUCUGCUCAUCAACGACAGCAUCUACCUCCUAGACGAAGCCCUGGAGAAGAUACCGCGCCUCAAGGAGGAGGAGGCGGCCAUGGCGGACAAGGACCACUGGCUGCAGCUGCCCGCGGAAGAGCGCCAGACGCGCGAACAGGACUACCAGCGCGACCAGUCGAUAGUGCGGUCGGACCUGCAGCUGGCGAAUGCGAAUGUGCGCAUGAUCCAGUACUCCACCACGGAGAUCGUCAAGCCCUUCCUGCUGCCCGAGAUGGUGGAGCGAGUGGCGUCCAUGCUAAACUAUUUCCUGCUGCAGCUGGUGGGGCCCAAGCGCAAGGCGCUGAGAGUGAGCAACCCGGAGAAGUACGAGUUCCACCCCAAGAAGCUGCUCUCACAGAUCGUGAACAUAUACGCCAACCUGGCGAAGCAUGACACAGACCACCGCUUUGCAGAGGCCGUCUCUGCCGAUGGCCGCUCCUACAGAGAGGAGGCAUUUCCCGAGGCGGCAUCGGUGAUAGGCAUGCACGGGCUGCUGCCAGGGGACGUGGUACAGCAGUUCAUGGAGCUGGCAGCGCAUGCCAGGGCGGCAGCAGCGGAGGCCAUGGAUAUAGAGACACAGCUCGACGACAUCCCCAGCGAAUUCCUCGACCCCAUCCAGUGCACGUUGAUGCGUGACCCUGUGACGCUGCCAUCAGGCAAUGUGGUGGACCGCCCCGUCAUCCUCAGACACCUGCUCAGCGACCCCAAGGACCCGUUCACCCGUGCACAUCUGACAGCAGAGAUGCUAGUGCCCAACACAGAGCUCAAGGCCCGGAUAGAUGCCUUCCUUGCUCAACAUAAGGCCAAGCGGCAGCAGUAG